AUGGAUGCCACUAUCUCCAGCCCACGAUCGACGAUUCCCCCGAGCCAAACGAGACGUUCGCUCCUUGAGCUUUCCGAAAAGCUCCGGGAGCUCGCCGACAUGCAGAUCAAGACAGAAACGAAGGACGUAGAGAGUGUGCCCGAGUUUCGCGACCUUAUUCACCGGCUCUGCCACGAGGAGCCAGCUGUUGCGGAAGCCAUUGCUGCAGCAAUACGAGAAAAGAUUCCAGAACCAUCGCCUCGCUUGUCUUCAAAACGAAAACGGAGGCCAGAUCCAUCUUAUCGGCCGAGUCACCCGGUGCAAUCAGUUCCAAGAAAGAAGAGAUGUACAGACGAAGAAAAUGUAGUCGAUGAGCGUGUAACUCCAGAGAUUCGAAUCAAUAGCGAAAGUCCGGAAACCAAGAAUACACCGGAUUCCAUGAUCCGUGUUGACACCGCUGUACUCAGACCCGUGCCUAAUCAUGAGAGCAAGCCAGACCCUCACUCGACAAUUGCUAUGGAUGGAGAGAUUGCCGCCAAAAGCGAGACCAUUCACUGUAGCACAAGGCCGACAUCUCCCAAUCGAGAGCGGACAGAGUCGCCAUCCGUGUCUGAACAGGAUCCCGCCGAGAGUGUGUCCUUCCUGGAUACGGUCCACCAGAUGGUCGACAUCGUCCACCUGCUCAACAGGUAUCAAACCGAUCUGCCACGCACUGUCCAUCAAAGGAUUUUGCAAAGUCUUCACACCACUCAGGAGCCGAUCAUGGACUCAACUGCCCAUCAAUGGUCGGACGGGAGGAUGUGGAUGGAGGUGCUGGAGAGGAGUUCUGCCACAAAUCGGCGGUGUUCCGUACUCAACAUGCUGGAAUAUAUCGGUGCCACGAAGUGGUACGACAGUCAGAUUGAACAUGCCAAGCGCACAGUCUAUACCACAAAGAACAAACCUGUGGGUGAGAAGGGAGCAGCAACACAUGUGCUGGACCGCAUCACCCGGGAGUAUAGUUUGCUGAGUAGAAAGACCAUUACAAACCAGUGCUCCAGGGGGAAGAGAUUACGCGAGCUUGUCGAAAAGGUCGGACUAGGGAUUCUGAUUAGCCCCAAGAUUUGGGAGUAUACAAAGAGAAAGGGACCUCAGUUCAAUCAGCUAGUCCAAGACUUCAAAGCAGAUACUCAACGAUUGGCACUGUUUCAAAUCCUUACUCCACAGGUGGAACAACUUGUCCAUAGAGGCUGCACGAAUCCAGAAGCGUUGUACAGAGCUCUCUCAGAGAAUAAUAUCAUCUCUGAGGACGAACUGCAAGAGAUGAAAGCAAAACAUCAAUCAGAACCUGGCUCCACUUCCGCAGUCACUUUGAGCAAGGCGGUCGAGCUACUAACCAGUCAGGUCAGCACGCAGUUGUUCAACAAGCGGAAACUGGAUAGAGACGACACGAUCUCAAUCAAUAGAAGUCUGGAACUCUCCAUCGAUUUAUUCGCGCGACUCCGGGCAGGAGAAUGGCUCGAUUCUUGGGCCCUCAUGGCAGCCAUGCGUAUUUCAGACCGACCAGAUUGUGUCAGAUUUAGCGAGAGCAUUCCAUUAGACAUCAUCGGAAGACAUGGCCAAAUGCGAUCGAUCAAGCGACCUUUUCAAGGCUGGGCAGGAAAGAUCGCAAUGUUUCGGAGAGAAGCAGAAAACAGCACGCCGCUCAUAUUCUACUGUCCCGUCAAUCACAACAAUUCACAUUUCACGUUGCUCGAGAUCAACGACAGUGACAAAGUCAUUCGACAUUACGACUCACGAGCACCAGUAACCGCUAUAAAUGGCACGAAGAAGACACGAAUCGCGGCUCUGGUUGAGGAUGAAUUCGGCGAUCUGGGAUUUAGAUAUACCAAAGCGCCUACACCGCAACAGCGCGAUGGCUGGAGUUGUGGCACUCGAGUGGUCUGGAACUUCAGACGACUAUCCAACGGAUUUGAUAUUGGAUCAUGGGAUACCGUGCUGAGCUCGGAACGCAUAAAUAUGGAUAUUGUAAGCGGGCUCAAGGCAUCUGUUGAGUCAAAUGCUAUGCAGAGGUAUACCCGUAGUCGCAAACGUGACCUUGGAAACGCACGAACUUCAGCUUUCUUGAGUGAUAAGUAG